AUGGGGAUAGAUGUUGCGCAGAAGGAGAAGGCGGCUGUUGCUGCUCAUGUGUUCGAGGGCAAGGCCGCGCCAUUGGGUCCGAAGCGACUCCGGACUGAGACCGUUGUAUGGGAGCCAAGCCCGAAAGCAGCAAGAUGUGAUGCUGUAGUGAUCAAGCAAGAGCCGGCCCCAGAGAAGCCCAGCAAGUCUUUGGAAAAACCACCAAGCAAGCCUUUGGUACAUCCGGUGCCAAUCAAGAAAGAACCAGAGGAGCCAAGCAAGUCCGUGGAAAAACCGCCAAGCAAGCCUUUUGUUCCGGUGCCAAUCAAGAAAGAGCCUUUGGAGGUAUCUAUCAAGAUGGAGCAUGGGGUCAAAGAGGAAUUGCAGGAUGCUCCGGAGGUCCCUGAGCCUGAGGAUCAUUGUGCAGGGUUAGCUGCUGCCGUGGAGUCUGCAAAAGGCUCCGAGGCUGAGGGUCCAGAUGAAGCCCUCCUGGAGUCUAAGGAAGGCUCCCAUGCUGCAGUGUCCGGAGGUGGCAGCAAGACUGCCAAUGAUGAUCCCAGUAAGGCCUCAAGCCCAGCAGAUCCAAAGCCUGCCGAUGAUGAGAUGCCUGGACCUGCCCUCUUGGCUUCAAGCCCAGCAGAUGCAAAGCAUGCCGGUGUUGAGAUGCCUGGACCUGCCCUCUUGGCCUCAAGCCCAGCAGAUGCGAAGGAACCCGAUGAUGAGAUGCCGCGACCUGCCCUCUUGAGCGCAGCUGGUGUUGUGGCCCCAGGUGACCAGACCAAGUUGAGCAAGAAGGCAGGCAGGAAGGCAGCCGAUGCGAAAAAGGAUGAGCCGUUUGAGACCAGCCCGAAAGCCACGAGACCAGCUAAGAAGGAUGAAACCGAGGCUCAGCCAAAGAGAAAACCCGGUCGCCCAAGAAAGAACGAAGUCCAGCCAAAGGCCAAGGCCAAAGCAGCUUCCGAGCCAAGCCCCAAGAAAGCCCGGACCCCGAAGAACAAAGCAAACAAGAAGCGCAAAGCAGCAGAUGUCGAAGAGGGCUGCAGCCAGGAGACGAAGUGUUAUUCCCCGGAGCCCCUUGUCAAAGCCAAAGCCAAAGCUACAGCAAAAGCCAAAGCAAAAGCAAAAGCAAAAGCAAAAGCAAAAGCCAGCAGCAAAGCAAAGGCGGCCCCUGCCCCCAAGGAUCGUGCAGGUCGCAAGGGUGGGAACAAAAAGGGUGGGGCUUCGCAGGACGCCGGCUUGAAGAGCCGAAAGAGUUGUGCUUACCACAAAGCAAAGGCAACUGCUUUGAAAAAUGGGCUUUCGCUUGAGGAGGCAGUCACUGAGGCCAAGAAGGCUGCCCCGGCUGCCGUCGACGAGUACUUCGAUGUGGAGGUACUCAUAGCUGUGAUGCUGCUGGUGAUCUGGUCGACGAAUCUACCGCAGGCCAAAUCUUUUGAUCUUUUGGACCUAUUUUCCGGGGUCGGUAAUGCCAGCAAAUAUUGGAAGUCCAAGGGAAAGAGAGUCGCGACCAUUGAGAUUAAUCGGAGUGCCUCCAUGGACUUCCUUUCCGAUGAAUCCGACGGCACCGAGCGCUUCGCUGGUACGACGAGCCUGAAGGAUGCCGGGGUCUACCCGAUGGAAUUUGUGAAACAACUAUUCGAAGCCUUUGCUACGGACUGUGUACCUGAAGCAUUGGGCUGCUUACGCAACAAGAAUGCCACCAACCCCGACUUCUCCGAUGUGGAGUUAUUUGCCACCCUGCCAAUGAAGGAUAUGUGGGAAGAUGCAGAACUGCCCUCAGUUUAUUACUACUUGAGAAAGAACAAGUACCUCGUGAUACCUUCUUGUUGGGAAGAUGCAAUCAGUUCUUUUGAAACAGAGCUGGAUGCCAAGGUGAACUGCUACGGGGACCUCAGGGAGGAGUACAAUUCCCUAUGUAUGGGCAGGACUGGGUCGUGA